GGAGAAAGAAAGAAGAAGGGUAAUGAAGGAGUUUUUUGAAUUCCGAGUGAACACAGCAAAGGGGACAAUUUACUAUUUUGAGGAGGAAGGAGAUGAGCUAAAGUUGCCUAGAAUGGGGGGUUUGUUGUGGGUCAAGGUCAAAACCCCGGGCAAUAAAUUAGAAAUCCAAAACUGAAAACCUAACCCACAGACCCUGUACCCCCUUCCCCCUUCCCCCUUCGAGAGGUGAAGGUGAUGCAUUUCUGAAACGAUUCGACAGAGUUCUUCUUUUAUACCCUCCCUUUCUCUUUUUUUUUUUUCUAUCUCUCGCCGACUACAAAGAGGAAAACGAAGCUCAACAAUCUCUCUCUCUCUCUCUCUCUCUGUUUCCGAUCUACCCUUCAACUUUCUGACGAAUCUUCUGACAAGAAGAUCCAAGUUUUGUCUGUUUGUAAUCGGUUUAAUCCGUCGAAUGACGGGUUUUACACACAACCAUACGAUUGUAAGAGCAUAGGGCGAAAGGGCUGUAAGAAUAUUGACGGACAGCCUCGAGAUUAAUGGUGUCUGCAUUUAUCAAUGUAUAUUUAAUUUCUGGAAAUUGUGAUGUGGGUAUUGAAAUUGAGGAGAAAUUAGAGCAGAUAUCAGGGUCAGAUUUUGUUUCUGGUAUCCAUUUGAUGAAUAUAACCAUUGCGGGGUCAUUUGGGUGAGGAUAUGUGAGAGUAUGAUAUCAACAACAUUUAUGAAGAUCAUGUCACCAUGUUGGAAACCUUCCCUGGUUGAGGGUGAACAUUCUGGUAGGAGCGGGGGAGAUGCUGGUGGUCGGGUUGAUGGUUUGUUGUGGUAUAAGGAUUCAGGACAUCACGUUAAUGGGGAAUUCUCCAUGGCGGCAGUUCAAGCAAACAAUUUGUUGGAAGAUCAAAGCCGGCUUGAAUCAGGGUCCAUGAGUGCGGUCGAUUCAGGUCCACAAGGAACCUUUGUUGGAAUUUUUGAUGGCCAUGGAGGUCCAGAAGCUUCCCGGUUCGUAAAUGAUCGCUUAUUUGACAAUCUAAAGAAGUUCACAUCAGAGAAUCAGGGAAUGUCAGCUGAUGUUAUCAGCAAAGCUUUUUUGGCAACAGAAGAGGAAUUCCUCUCAGUUGUAAAGAAACAGUGGCUUGUUAAGCCGCAGAUUGCUUCCGUGGGGUCAUGCUGUUUGGUGGGUGUAAUAUGUAGUGGACUGUUGUACAUUGCAAAUGCAGGAGACUCUAGGGUGGUGUUAGGAAGAUUGGAAAGGGCUCUUAGAGAGACUAAAGCCAUUCAGUUAUCGACUGAGCACAAUGCAAGUAUGGAAUCUGUGAGAGAAGAGUUGCGGUUGUUGCACCCUGAUGAUCCACAGAUUGUGGUUUUAAAGCACAAGGUUUGGCGGGUGAAGGGUCUUAUACAGGUCUCGAGAUCCAUCGGUGAUGCCUAUCUGAAGAAUGCAGAAUUCAACAAGGCGCCUCUACUGUCAAAGUUUAGAUUGCCUGAACCCUUCCAUAAGCCAAUACUUAGAGCUGAACCAUCAAUUGUAGUGCAAAAACUCCACCCUGAAGAUAAGUUUCUUAUAUUUGCAUCAGACGGCCUAUGGGAGCACCUUAGCAACCAGGAGGCUGUUGACAUUGUCCACUCCUGUCCACGUAACGGGAUUGCAAGGAGACUUGUCAAAGCUGCGCUCCAAGUAGCAGCGAAGAAAAGAGAAAUGAGGUACUCAGACCUGAAAAAGAUUGACCGAGGGGUGCGGAGACACUUCCAUGAUGAUAUCUCAGUAAUAGUUUUAUUCCUGGACUCCCGUUUGAUCAGUCGCAGCAGCUCCCAUGGACCCUCCUUUUCAAUCAAAGGAGGCGUAGGUGUCUCUGGAAUUCCCAAUGCCUAGUUCAAGAGGUUCUAAACUUCCAAACUCAAAUCCUUGUCCCCCCUUUUGUAUGAAUGAAAAGAGCAACUUGACCCCCCCUCCCAAAAAAAGAGAAAAAAAGAAGAUUUUUUUAUUCGUUUAUUUUUUUUCCUUUAUCUACAGCCACCCUUCUCAAGAAACUCCAUUUUAUUGCUUUCAUACUUUUAUCAGGAUCUCACCGGAGAUUGUAGAUUUGUUGAGAUGCUUAAGAAACAUCGUGUUUAUAAAUUUUUUGGUGAUUGACUCUUAAAUUACAAACGAAAA